UGGCAAUGUCAUACCAGGGUAGUAAACAUUAAAUUGUUUAUUGAAAAUCUACACAGUACUCUAUAAACAUCGUGUGUGAUCUUACAGGGAAAGUGUUCUGAUGUUCUAGUGUUUAAACAUCUGGCAAAAUGUAGCAACAUGGCCAGGUUAUGUUGAACGUGAAACACCAGCAGACGAUUCAUUGAUAGUUGAGUAGUAGCACGAGUUCAUCAGAUUUGAGGAAAGUUUAGCAGACGUUCAACGGAAUACCAGUAUUUUAUAACAUCACAAUGGCUUCUUGGGGAUAUGGAAAAGAUAACGGACCCUGCACCUGGGCUCAGUCAUUUCCCAUAGCUGCUGGCGCUCGUCAAUCACCUAUCGAUAUCACACCUACAGCUGCUGAAUAUGACGCUGCCUUGGCUUCAACACCAUUUUCCAUUCAAUACGAGCCGGAAAACGCCAUGGAACUGUGCAACCCUGGUCUAAGUGUUAAAGCCAACAUCACAAAAAAGAGUGUUAUUAAGGGCGGUCCACUGGAAGGAGAAUACAGACUAGAACAAUUCCAUCUUCACUGGGGUUCCGAUAAUAAACAGGGCUCAGAACAUACUGUUAACGGAACAAUGUACCCUGCUGAGUUACAUUUAGUCCACUAUAAUUCUAGUAAAUAUUCUAGUUUUGGUGAAGCUGUAGAUAAACCCGAUGGUUUGGCCGUAUUUGGUAUUUUCUUACAGAUAUCUGACAAACCCCAUCCCGGUUUAAAAACACUGACAGAUCUGUUUAACCAAGUUCAAUAUAAAAAUAAAAGUAUUAAUUUAAGCCAAGAAUUUAACCCCAUCUGUUUAUUACCAGCUAAUACCAAUAAUUAUUGGACAUAUCUGGGAUCAUUGACCACGCCUCCAUGUUGUGAAAGUGUCACGUGGAUUGUGUUUGAGGAACCUAUAACAGUUUCACAGGAUCAGAUCGACGCAUUCAGAGGUCUGUGUUGUGGUGAGUGCGGAAGUGACGCCAUUGUUGAUAAUUAUCGUCCACCACUGCCAUUAGGAGAAAGAAAACUCCGAGCCGCUUUUCAGGCUAAAGCAUAAGAACGUCUGCAAGCUGCACGGAGAUUGUAUUAUAUCUUGUCACGCCCACUUAAAUAUUCAUAAUUAAUAACUCGGUCUGAUGAUCUGUUUACAAGAAUUAUUUUGGUUUGUUAGAUUAUAACCAUCAUACAUAAUAAAAAUUAUUUCAAUAGGAUCUGAUAAUUGAAUUUGUUUGGAUUUAAGGCUACAGUUUUAUUUCUUAACCAUUAUCUAGUUUCUAUAGUAACCUCGAUUUGUUGUUAUACUUAAACACUUCGAACCACUCGGUUUAUUCCGCCAUUUGUAUAUUGAAUGAGUUAAAUCCUCGACAAAACGGAAUUAUCUCGGUGUUUCGAUUUGUUGAAAUAAAAUGCAUUAUAAAUAUGUAGCAUAAUGGCUGAGUGAAGAUAGAGUUGAUCUCUGGCAUUUAAUAAGAUUCACCAGCACAUAAUGACUACCAAAUUCAAUAGCGACAUUAUCCAGUCCAAUUAAAUUAGACCGUACUUUCAUUUUAUUUUCUAUACAUCCAUACAACAAUACAUGAUGAGAAGGUCAACAAAUGGCAUAUAUCCUAUCUCCAUCAUCCAGGCGCAGCAAUCUGUUGGAGAUGUGGAUGUCAGUCAGUCACUCGUCUGUUUCCUAUGAAAAAUUGUUAGUUUAGAAUUCGCCAUGUUCAUUUCUUCAUCAGUUUCAAAAAUGUGUAAAUUUAGAAUUUUCUGAGGGUUGUUAAAAUAUGUCAUAUUGUAAAUGAAUAAUAAUGUUUAUAGAAACGGAUUAUACGGUUAUUAAAACAGGGUUAAAUCCUGGUUGACGAUGAUGUUGUAUCAAGUCUUGUAUUAAAGCAGGGUUGAUUCCUGGCUGACGAUAAUGAUUAUAUUGUUAUUCUUAUUGCCAAGUUAUAAUGAAACAAACUGUUACAAUCUGUCUGUAUUAAUCAUGUUAAUAAACUAUUUUCAACUAUAA